AUGAAUACCAUUUUCAAAUUUUGUCCGGACGUAAGUUACAUUUUAGAUGGAAUUACGUUUUAAAUUUAAAAAAUAAGUUAAAAUUGAAAAUUUUAAAAUUUAAGAUAUGGUUCAGAGUUAAGGAGCAUCUGUCAAUAAUGGAAGAUAUUUGUUCAUUGGCCACGGUAAACAAAUAUUUUUACAAAAUGGUCCACAUGGAUUUUAAACAGCUAUGUUACGAUCAUGUAGUUUAUCGCACAGAAGGCGAAACUUGGGCGUAUGCUUUUUCUGAGUAAGUUACUUUCGCUCUUUCAUCCUGUAUAGGUCUAUAGAGGUAUAGGUCUAGAGAAUUGGUGCAAUUCCUGGUAGCUAUAGACCUACUUCCUUUCAUCUGUAACGUUUGCAGUAACUUUAGUUUUGGGCUUCGAUCAUAUAAUGUUGUGCAACAAGACCCUUACCUUUACCGGAAACACACAAUUUGUUGUUCCUUUACGGGAAAAAUAGCCAUAAAGCUAAACACAGCAUAUGUAAUACUAACAAACAUUGACUUUGGUCUUAAAAAGUUCACAUUGCUCGACUUUACCAGUUACGGAGAGAAGGUAGACUAUGCUAAGAUUAUUAAUCGUGGAAAAGACUUGUUAGUAUAUACUCCAUCUCAUUUGGUAGUAUACGAUCUACAACGCAUGGAAUUGAAAAAGUGUUAUGAUUCACCAGGGCUAACAACAAUGAGCAUUUUUCAAUUUUCGUCUAAAAACACCAUUUUUGACGUGUACAGUAACAAAGAAUUUAAAACUGAUUCACUAUAUAAGCAUCACAAUGGGCUUGUAGAUUAUCUGAAUAUGUACGACACUUCAAAAUAUAUUGCAUUAUGCACUAAAGCCAACAGACUAGUUAUCAUUAAUAGUGAGACAGGCAAAAGACAAACAGUUUGUAGAUGGAAAGUCGGUUCGCGUGUGCAUGUCAUCAACGAAAAUGAUUCAGUUUUUAUAGGUAAGUAUGGUUUUUUAUGUACUGUAGGGCUUAGGGUAUGGCAGGGCUUAGGAUACGGCUAGGGCUUAGGGUACGGUAGGGCCUAAAAUACAGGCUUAGGGUAUGGUAGGGCUUAGGUUAUGAUAGGUUCUAAUGUAGAGUAGCACAUAGGGUACGGUAGGGCCUAGAAUAAGGUAGGGCCUAGAAUACGCUAGGGUAGGAUCAAACAUUAAUGUUAAAUUUUAGUUGGCGAAAGAAGUGGAAUGUACAGUAUCAAGCAAGAAAAAUUUGUAUUUAGCAGUCCUCAUCGCUGGUGUAUUCUCAAUUCAAAUGUUCUUUUUCUUCCGCGUACUAGCUGUGUGAGUUUGAUUUUUAAUUUUUUGAAAUUUAAAACUUUUAUUAAAAUUUUUUUCAUUUCACAAAGCACUUUAAAUGUUUUUUUUAGUUUUUGGUCUACAAAAAACAAAGUGAUCGAUGGGAAACAAUAGAAGCAGACCCAACGCUAAAGUUGACAUCUUAUUGCACUUAUUGUUUGGGACCAUUACCAAAUUACAGAGUUAUGUUGUCUAUGUUGUCAGAUAGAAACGAUGUUUACAAACGUGUACUUCUAACUUUUAAAAAAGGCCAGUUUUCUCUAUUCUAUUCUUACUUGCACUAUUUUAAAAUGAUUUUGUUUUUCUUACAGACCUUGUGGGUACGGUUGGUGUGCUCCAAUCGUUCCUAGUCCACGCUACACUAUUUUUAUAGUUUUGCUAGUUUAAUUUUUUUAAAUUUCAGAUUGUAUCAAGGUCAAGACGUUUGAUGCCAAAGAAAAACUUAUUAAUACCUAUCAUUUGUACAAUGAUGUUAAAAAAGGGAAUCACCAAAUUACACAGCUGAUGAAAAUGCCAUUCCCUGUGGAAGAGAAGCAGUUAAUAGACUUUUGCAAAUGGUUUAAACAAUUGCACAUUUCCACGCCCAAAGUACGAUUUAUUGACGUCAAGACUGGAGCUGAAGAAUAUUUAAAUUUUCAAAAUGAAAAAAAUUGUUAUCCCACCAGUUAUAUUAAAAAUUUGCCUUACAAAUAA